GACUGGAGUCUCGGAGUCUUGUAACAAACAUGCAUGGUAGGGAGUAUUGCCAACUUGAAGAUGUGAGAACAAGUUUUAACAUGUAACUUUACCAAUUCCCCUUGUGUAAUGUUGGCACCUGGAAGAGACCUUCCACGGAGAUCCAUCUUGCUUACCAAGCUUUGGUACCCAUAGCUCCUCUUGUAGUAGGGCUAACCUGAUACAUGUCAAUAGAUGUGAACUCAGGGACCUAAACAAUCACUUUCAUUUCGGGAAAAGGAAUUCAGAUUACCAGUUAGUGAACACAGCAGGAAUCCUCAGUGCAGCAUGGUCAGGAUGGUGAGUGCUCCCAGAUCCAGAAGAGAGCCUAGUUCACACUAACUGGCUCUAUGACGUCUCGAGGACUGCAGGAAGCAAGGGAAUCGUCCUGGAAACCGUGCUGACACAGUAGUGCAUCGUUUCCUAUUAACCAACAAUUAGCUGUAAGGGCGCUAAUUACAUGCAAACACGGAAAUAGCCCUUGGAUGUGGAGAAAGGAAUAGCCAUAACGUUGAGAAGCAGGCUUCAUGGCUCAUCAGAACCAGCACCAAGAUACCAUAGACUCCACAGAGGUGGAGGUGUGGGACAGCAGGACUGCGCAGGAGGUGAACAAGUCCUUAUAUCCUCCGGCAGUGGACAGUCCCUUCACUCUCAACACUCACCUGAGUGCUUGGCGCUGGGCUUGCACCAUCAUCCUGGGGACUGUGCUGGUACCCGUGCGGGUGUCCUGCAUUGUCUUCCUCCUCAUCCUUCUCUGGCCAGUGGCCGUACUCUCCGCCAUUAACUUGCCUACUCAACCUACCAAACCCAUAAGGAGAUGGAGGAAACAUCUGAUAAAGUUGGCCCUGGUAUUCUUGUUUCGUUUGGGGUUCUUUUUUGCUGGGUUCCUGGUUAAGGUCAAAGGGAAAAAGGCUACCAGAGAGGAGGCCCCCAUCUUUGUCUCCGCACCACACUCCACCUUCUUUGAUGCAAUCGCCGUUGUUGUGGCGGGGCUCCCUUCGGUGGUCUCUGAAAGUAAGCUUGUGAGGGUCCCAUUGGCUGGGAAGUGCAUCCUGGUAACUCAGCCUGUGCUUGUGAAACGAGAAGACCCGAAUUCUAGAAAGACUACCCGGAAUGAAAUCCUCAGACGAGUGAAAUCUAAAAUGAAGUGGCCGCAGAUUCUGAUUUUUCCGGAAGGAUUGUGCACCAACCGCUCCUGUCUCGUCACUUUUAAACUAGGAGCCUUCUCCCCAGGUGUCCCUGUGCAACCAGUGCUGCUUAGGUACCCCAACACCCUGGACACAGUGACCUGGACUUGGAAUGGGUUCUCAGGCUUCCAGGUAUGUAUGCUUACUCUGAGUCAGCUCUUCACUAGAGUGGAAGUCGAGUUCAUGCCUGUUUAUAUCCCAAGUGAAGAAGAAAAGAAAGACCCCAUCCUUUUUGCCAACACAGUCCGAAUCAAGAUGGCAAACGCUUUGAAGCUGCCUGUAACCGAUCACAGCUUGGAAGACUGUAAACUAAUGAUAUCUGCAGGUGCCCUUCAACUACCCAUGGAAGCUGGCUUGGUGGAAUUUACAAAAAUCAGUCAGAAAUUGAAAUUAGAUUGGGACAACAUCCACAAGCACUUGGACCAAUACGCUUCGUUUGCGGUCUCCUCAAAAGGAGGCAAGAUUGGAAUUGAAGCGUUCUCACGUUAUUUAAAACUCCCAAUUUCAGAGCCCUUGAGACAGCUUUUCUCUCUCUUUGACAGGAAUCAGGAUGGCACCAUAGACUUCCGAGAGUAUGUGAUAGGCCUAACUGUCCUGUGCAACCCAUCCAACACGGAGAAGAUUCUGCAAAUGUCAUUUAAACUUUUUGAUCUUGAUGAGGAUGGUUAUGUAACAGAAUGGGAGUUGACAACUAUGCUUCGGGCAGCUUUCGGAGUGCCAGACCUAGAUGUUUCCACACUCUUCCAGCAGAUGGCUGGCAAGGAUUCAGAUCAGGUUUCAUACAGAACUUUUCGGAGGUUUGCCCUGAAGCAUCCAGCAUAUGCCAAAUUAUUUCAUUCAUACAUAGACCUCCAGGCAGCCUAUAUAUACUCAUUACCAGGAGAAGUAUAAACAUUUCCCUAAUAUUAAGAUGUUCAAGGCAUCCUUGGGAACAGGAAAAUAACUUUCAGGUGGAAAUGAUGAACUAAAUAAAAAUUAUCCUUUGAGGAAAAACUCAGUGAUUUUUAUUCUAAGUAACAUGGAUACUGUCUUGGAAAAAGCAACUUGGGUAAGGGCUUCCAUCUUUGAGGAAAGCCAGGCCAAGCACUCAAGCAGAAGUAGAGAUGGGGACCAUGGAGGGGUGCUGCUUACUGGCUUGCUUCCCGUGGCUCACUCAGCAUACUUAUACAACCUAGGACCAUUUGCCCAGGGAAGGCACCAUUCACUGUGAGCUAAGCCCUCUCACAUCAGUAUUCAAGAAAAUGUACCACUGACUUGUCCACAGGCUGGUCUGACGGAGACAAUUCUUCAGUUGUGGUCCUUUCUUCUCAAAUGGCCCUAGCUUGUGUCAUGUUGACAAAAACUAACACAGAUAUUAUAUUUAAAAUAUGCUUGAGGAAUUAUAAUGCCUUUUUUCCCUUAAGAUAAUGUUCAUUGGGCACAAUGGCAUAUGCCUGGAGUCCCAUACACCCAGAAAAUAAGAAGCAGAAACAAGGCUUUACAACCAAGCAAACAGACUUAGACUUAAAAAGAUUUACAGCUUGUGUUGGGGUUUUCCUUUUCAUUGGUAAUAAAUUGUCCUCAAGCUC